AUGUCUAAGCUCCUACAAAGUAUUAUCACUACCAUCGAUGUUUUCUACCAAUACGCCAUCCAGAAAGGGGAGUGUGACAUGUUGAACAAGACAGAGCUGAAAGAACUUUUGGAAAAUGAGUUUCACCAAAUUCUGAAGAAUCCAGAUGAUCCAGAUACUGUAGAUGUCAUCAUGCAAAGUCUGGAUCGAGACCAUAACAAGAAAGUGAGUUUUACUGAGUAUCUUCUGAUGAUAUACAGGUUAGCUCAUGCUUGUAAUAAAAUCAUUGGCAAGGAUUACUGUCAAGCUUCAGGGUCAAAGCAAAGAGAUCAUAGUCACCAGCACCAAGAGGAACAGAAUGAAACAGAAGAAAGAGAAGAAAAUGAGCAAGAAUCCUCUUCUAGAUAUUCAAGUUCAAGUGCAGGAGAGAAGGACUCCUAUUCCAGGGGCUCCAGAGGAAAUAACAGAAACAAACUGAGGUCCAGCUCCAGAAAACUGAGACAUCAAAGAGGCUUGUCUAGCUCUGGACAUAGACAAAGCUCUGAAGAAAGGACAGAUUCAAGCUUGGGCCACUUCAAGAAUAGUGAGAAAAACAAGCAUGGCUCUCAACAGCAAGAUGAAUCUGAGAGGCACACGUGCUGCACUCAUGAAUCUGGUUCAGGUCAGUCUUCCCAGUAUGGCCAACAUGGGUCCGGAUCAAGCCAGUCUUCUAGCCACAGCCAACAAGGGUCAGGUCUAGGCCAGUCUUCCAGGUAUGGCCAACAUGGGUCUGGCUCGGGUCACUCUUCUAGCCACAGCCAACAAGGGUCCAUUUCAGGUCAGUCUUCCCGGUAUGGCCGACAUAGAUCUGGCUCAAGCCAGUCUUCUAGCCAUAGUCAACAAGGGUCCAUUUCAGGUCAGUCUUCCCGGUAUGGCCAACAUGGGUCUGGCUCGGGUCACUCUUCUAGCCACAGCCAACAAGGGUCCAUUUCAGGUCAGUCUUCCCGGUAUGGCCGACAUAGAUCUGGCUCAAGUCAAUCUUCUAGCCAUAGCCAACAAGGGUCAGGUUUAGGUCAGUCUUCAAGGUACAGCCAACAUGGGUCUGGCUCGGGUCACUCUUCUAGCCACAGCCAACAAGGGUCAGGUCUAGGUACAUCUUCCAGGUAUGGCCAACAUGGGUCUGGCUCAAGCCAGUCUUCUAGCCAUAGUCAACAAGGGUCCAUUUCAGGUCAGCCUUCCCGGUAUGGCCAACAUAGAUCUGGCUCAAGUCAAUCCUCUAGCCACAGCCAACAAGGGUCAGGUCUGGGUCAGUCUUCUAGGUAUGGCCGACAUGGGUCUGGAUCAAGCCAGUCUUCUAGCCAUAGCCAACAAGGGUCCAUUUCAGGUCAGUCUUCCCGGUAUGGCCGACAUAGAUCUGGCUCAAGUCAAUCUUCUAGCCAUAGCCAACAAGGGUCAGGUUUAGGUCAGUCUUCAAGGUAUAGCCAACAUGGGUCUGGCUCGGGUCACUCUUCUGGCUUUGGGCAAAAUCAAUCUGGUUUAGGCAAAUCCUCUGGCCAUGGUCAGCUGGGAUCUGGCUCCAAUCAGUCUAGUAACCACAGCUGGCAGGAGUCUCAAUCACAACAUUCUUCUGGGUUCAGUCCACAAAGGUCAGGAUCAGGUCAGUCUUCUGGUUAUGGGCAACAAGGAUCUGGCUUCAGUCAGUCUUCUAGUUAUGGACAACAUGGUUCAACAUCAGGACAGUCAUCAUGUUGUGGCCAACAUGAAUCUAGCUCAGGGGAGACUCCCAGCUACAACCAACAUGGGUCUGCUUCAGGCCAAUUUUCAAACCACAGUAGACAUGUGUCUGGCUCAAGAGAAUCUUCUGGUUUUAGCCAGCAUGAAUCUGGCUUAGGUCAAUCUGACAGGUAUGGUCAGCAAGGGUUUGGCUCUAAUCAAUCCUCUAGCCAUAGCCAACAAGGGUCAGGAUUAGGUCAGUCUUCUAGGUAUGGCCAGCAUGGGUCUGGCUCGGGUCACUCUUCUGGCUUUGGGCAAAAUCAAUCCGGCUUAGGUCAAUCCUCUGGCCAUGGUCAGCUGGGAUCUGGCUCCAAUCAGUCUAGCAACCACAGCUGGCAGGAGUCUCAAUCACAACAAUCUUCUGGGUUCAGCCCACAAAGAUCAGGAUCAGGUCAGUCUUCUGGCUAUGGGCAACAAGGAUCUGGCUUCAGUCAGUCUUCUAGUUAUGGACAACAUGGUUCAACAACAGGACAGUCGUGCUGUGGCCAACAGGGGUCCAGUUCAGGACAGUCUUCCAACUAUGGUCAGCAAGGGUCUGGCUUCAAUCAGUCAUCUAGCUAUGGCGAACAUGGGUGUGCUUCAGGCCAGUUUUCCAGCCACAGGAGACAUGGUUCUGGCUCAAGAGAAUCCUCUGGUUUUAGCCAGCAUGAAUCCAGCUUAGGACAGUCUGGCUCCGGAUCAGGUCAGUCUUCCCAGUAUGGCCAACAUGGGUCUGGCUCAAGUCAAUCCUCUAGCCACAGUCAACAAGGGUCAGGAUUAGGUCAGUCUUCAAGAUAUGGCCAACAUGGGUCUGGCUCGGGUCACUCUUCUGGCUUUGGGCAAAAUCAGUCUGGGUUAGGUCAAUCCUCUGGCCAUGGUCAGCUGGGAUCUGGCUCCAAUCAGUAUAGUAACCACAGCUGGCAGGAGUCUCAAUCACAACAAUCUUCUGGGUUCAGCCCACAAAGGUCAGGAUCAGGUCAGUCAUCUGGCUUUAACCAACAAGGAUCUGGCUUAGGCCAAUCAUCCAGUUAUGGACAUCACAGUUCAACAUCAGGACAGUCGUGCUGUGGCCAACAUGGAUCCAGCUCAGGACAGUCUUCCAGCUAUGGUCAGCAUGGGUCUGGGUCAAGUCAAUCUUCUAGUUAUGGCCAACAUGGAUCUAGUUCCAGGCAGUCUUCUAGCCACAGACAACAUGGCUAUGAAUCAGGUCAGUCCUCUGGCUUUGGGCAACAAGCAUCCAGAUCAAGACAAUCUACUGGCUCUAGUCAACACGGAUCUGGUUUAAGCCAAUCCUCCAGUUAUGGACAACAUGGUUCAACAACAGGACAGUCGUGCUGUGGCCAACAUGGGUCCAGUUCAGGACAGUCUUCCAACUAUGGUCAGCAAGGGUCUGGCUUCAAUCAGUCAUCUAACUAUGGUGAACAUGGGUGUGCUUCAGGCCAGUUUUCCAGCCACAGGAGACAUGGUUCUGGCUCAAGAGAAUCCUCUGGUUUUAGCCAGCAUGAAUCCAGCUUAGGACAGUCUGGCUCCGGAUCAGGUCAGUCUUCCCAGUAUGGCCAACAUGGGUCCGGAUCAAGCCAGUCUUCUAGCCACAGCCAACAAGGGUCAGGUCUAGGCCAGUCUUCCAGGUAUGGCCAACAUGGGUCUGGCUCGGGUCACUCUUCUAGCCACAGCCAACAAGGGUCCAUUUCAGGUCAGUCUUCCCGGUAUGGCCGACAUAGAUCUGGCUCAAGCCAGUCUUCUAGCCAUAGUCAACAAGGGUCCAUUUCAGGUCAGUCUUCAAGGUACAGCCAACAUGGGUCUGGCUCGGGUCACUCUUCUGGCUUUGGGCAAAAUCAAUCUGAGUUAGGUCAAUCCUCUGGUUAUGUCCACAAAGGUCAGGAACAGGUCAGUCUUCUGGUUAUGGGCAACAAGCAUCCAGAUCAGGACAAUCUUCUCAUUCCAAUCAACAGGGAUCUGGCUUUGGCCAGUCUUCUAGUUAUGGACAACCUAGUUAUGGUGGAUGUAGUUCAGGAUCAGGUCAUUCUUCCUGCCACAAUCAACAGGGGACUAGUUCAGGUCAGUCUACAGGUUAUGGUCAACCUGGAUCUUUUUCAGGUCAUUAUUCUAGCCAUAGCCAACAUGUAUCUGGGUCAGGUCAGUGUCCUAACUAUGAGCAAUAUGGAUCUGGCCCAUGUUCAUCAUCAAGCUCUGAGCAACAUAAUUAUGGUUAUGGUCAGUGUUCUAGCUCUGAACAAUAUGUACCCUGUUCAUAUCCCUCAAGCUCAGGACAGUAUAGUUCUGGAUCUGGACAGUGUUAUGGCUCUGAACAAUGUGGAUCUGCUUCUUGCCCCUCAUCAAGUGCCGGACAAUAUGGAUCUGGCUCAUAUCCCUCAAGCUCAGGACAGUAUAUUUCUGGAUCCAGUCAGUGUUCUAGCUCUCAACAAUAUAUGUCCGGCUCACAAGGAAGAUGGCAAUCUAGAUGUAGACACUCAAACUGUAGUGAAGGGCAACCAAAACGCAAUUAUAGAGAAGUAG